AUGUUACAAACACUUCAUUAGGUACCAAAAUAAGUGCUAUUAGAAUUUUAUAACUUAAAUAAAUUAUAAGUCUAAUACCUUUAUGACGUAUUAGAAUAUAAUUUAGAUUCACUUUAUAGAGUACUAUAGAAUAUAAAAAGUGCAGAAUUAAUUGAUAAGUUAAUUGAAGCUUUAAAAUAAAAGUAAUAAAAAGAAGGAUUAUUAAAAUCAAUGACAUAUGGUAAUUUAAAGGAACUAAAGAAUUUCUUAAAAUAAAGAAUAAGUUUUGAAAAUUUGAUAAGUUCUUUAGAAUAAUUAAAUGAGGAAGAAGAAAAGUAGAAAGUUUAAGCAACAGAAGUAUAGGAGAGGCAAAUAAUACAGUAAGAUAGUAGAUUUUUGGAAUUGCCUCUUUAUAUUCAUCUGCUUGUUAUGGACUAUCUUGAUCCUUAGUCAUUACAUAUAAGUAGAUUGGUUUGUUUAAAGAUGAAUGAGAUUUUCAAUAAUCCCCAAAUUAGUGAUAGAUUUUAUAAAAAGUUUUGUUAGGCAUUAUUUGAUUAAAUUGAAACAAAACCAGUUUUAAUAAGUCCAUUUGAGAAAACAAGAAAAUUCAUAAAUGACAACUUACAUAUAUUUGAAUAGUAAUUGUAACUAAUUAAUUAAAUUAACCAUAAUGCAAGUUAAACAAUAUGGAGUAUUUGGGGUAAUACUUAAUAGAAAAUAUUAAGUUUUUAUGAGAUACAUUAAUAAUAUUAAUCGUAUAAAGAUAUGUAUGAUUAAUAAUUGAGAUUGAAUUAUUGUGGUGUAUAUGCUAUGAAGGAAUAUUAUAUAAAGUAUGGAGAGGCUUAAUUUCAAUAAACUAGCGCUCCAUGCUAUAGAGUAGAAUUCUUUCGAUAUAUUCGAUUUUGGAGGGAUGGUACUUUUACAAUGUAUAUAUCUUCAAGAAAAUUAAAAAAAUAGGAUAUUUUAGAAUAUUUUAGAUAUCCUGAGAUUGCGGUGAUGCCAAAAUUAGGAGUUUAGAAGUAAAUGUAAAUUGAGGAGAGUUUUUUAAGAGGUGAAUAUAGAAUAGUGUUAGAUGAAGUAUAUAUUAUAGCAGCAAGAUAAAGCACAACAUUUUAAUAUAAAUAUAAAAUAAAGAAUUAUUAGAAUAAACAUCCUGGAAAUGUUCUAUAAUUAUUAUUAGGGUAGAUGCAUACAUUAGGAGAUACUUAUCGAUAAGAUAUAGCAGAUUAAUCUAAGAAGAAGUAUUUCAUUUAUAAACAUCUUGAAGAGUUUCGAGAUGAAUUAUAAGAUGAAUAACAUGGUUGGAAGAAUGUAGUUUAUUGA